UGCUGGGCGCAGGGAAUCGUGCUGAAUGUGGCGCAGAGAGCUUGGAUGGAGACGCCAGUCGGCACCUGAGGAUGCUGAUGGCGUUACGCAAGUUUACAAGUUUUCGAGGUUGGCCUUGUACGUCUACGAGUAUCUGCUGCACGUGGGCGCCCAGAAAUCGGCACAGACCUUCCUGUCGGAGAUCCGAUGGGAAAAGAACAUCACGCUAGGGGAGCCCCCUGGAUUCCUGCACUCAUGGUGGUGUGUAUUCUGGGACCUGUACUGUGCCGCCCCAGACCGGCGGGAGACCUGCGAACAUUCCAGUGAAGCCAAGGCCUUUCACGACUACAGUGCCGCAGCUGCCCCCAGUCCAGUAAUGGGCAACAUGCCCCCCAGCGAUGGCAUGCCUGGCGGACCCAUGCCCCCCAGCUUCUUUCAAGGACCUCCCGGCUCCCAGCCGUCACCCCACGCACAGCCACCCCCACACAACCCCAGCAACCCCAUGAUGGGACCUCACAGCCAGCCCUUCAUGUCGCCACGGUACCCCGGCGGACCCCGCCCCUCGCUCCGAAUGCCAAAUCAGCCACCUGUGGGCGUUCCAGGAUCACAGCCACUCCUGCCCAACAGCCUGGACCCCACGAGACCCCAGGGCCAUCCGAACAUGGGCGGCCCCAUGAGGAUGAAUCCGCCCCGAGGGAUGGCCGGCAUGGGCCCACAGAGCUACGGUGGUGGAAUGAGACCCCCUCCCAACUCCUUAGGUGGUCCGGGCCUGCCAGGAAUGAACAUGGGUCCCGGAGGCAGAGGUCCCUGGCCAAAUCCAAACGCAAAUUCGAUAGCAUACUCCUCAUCCUCUCCAGGAAACUAUGUGGGUCCACCAGGGGGCGGAGGUCCACCAGGAACACCCAUCAUGCCUAGCCCAGGAGACUCCACAAACUCCAGUGAAAACAUCUACACGAUGAUGAACCCCAUCGGCCCAGGAGGCAACAGGCCCAACGGGGCGGUGUUGUAG